CUAGAUACAGCAUUUCCUGAUAAAUACCCACGACGAAAACAGUGUCCUGACUGAUAGCGAACAAUGUGGAAACUGGCUGCGUUUUUGGUGCUGGUUUCGCUGGCCAGCCGAGCUGCAGCUCAAAAAUAUACCAUUGUAACUGAACAGGCAACUUACACCCAAGCCUUGGCCUUCUGCAAGCGAUUGGGCCUCACUUUGGUGAAAGAACGCUCAUUGGAGGACACUGAUGCACUGAACGAAGCCAUCAGCGCUGCUGGCGAAACCGCACACUUCUUCUAUUUGGGCGGAUUUCAUCAGCAGGAUAAUAUUCUAACCCCCGAAUGGAUCUGGAUUGAUACCGGUGAGGAAAUCACCUAUGAGAAUUGGAGCACCGGGGCUAGCAAGGAUGGGGAAUGCUUGGUGAGGACUUCAGCUUCUUCAGUUGCGGGCAACUGGAUGUCGUCCACAUGCACAGUACAGCGCUAUUUCAUUUGUGAGCAAGAAGAAUAGACGAAUGAAACAUGCGGCUUUAAAACGAAAUAAAUUUUCCAAUUGUG